AGAGGGAAGUAUCCGAUUCCUCUCCUUCGGCUGUGGGCUGUCACUGCCUCAUAAUAUGACCGUUCUGUCAUCUCUCUGCAAAUAAGGCAGAAGCUGCUACCUGAUUGGUAUGACAUCUCACUUUCCCUCCGCAUUGAUUUUCUUGUUCUCCUCCUUUGCUUCUUAAAAAGAGGGACAAGUGGCUGGUGCUGUGGACAGAGAAGCUUUAUUUUUAGUAUGAGACAACCUCUACCUUCUUUCAGGAGAGGGAAGUUGGAUUAUCAAUUCUUUUGUAAAUGUGUAUGGUGAUAUUUGCUCCGCUUUUUGCCAUCUUUGCAUUUGCAACAUGCGGUGGCUAUUCUGGAGGCCUGCGGCUGAGUGUGGACUGCCUCAACAAGACGGAAAGUAACCUCAGCAUUGACGUAGUGUUUGCCUACCCGUUCAGGUUGCAUCAGGUGACUUUUGAGGCACCUACCUGCGAGGGAAAGGAACGGCAGAAGCUGGCUCUGACUGGCGACUUCUCAUCUUCGGCAGAAUUCUUCGUUACCGUUGCAGUCUUCACCUUCCUCUACUCCUUGGCCGCCACCGUCGUUUACAUUUUCUUCCAGAACAAGUACCGGGAGAACAACCGGGGCCCACUCAUUGACUUCAUUGUCACUGUAGUCUUUUCAUUCCUGUGGUUGGUGGGCUCAUCAGCUUGGGCGAAAGGACUGUCUGAUGUCAAGGUCGCAACGGAUCCCAAGGAAGUGUUGUUACUGAUGUCAGCUUGCAAACAGCCGGCCAACAAGUGCAUGGCUGUCCACAGCCCUGUGAUGUCCAGCUUAAACACGUCUGUGGUCUUCGGAUUCUUGAACUUUAUUCUCUGGGCUGGAAACAUCUGGUUUGUGUUCAAGGAGACUGGCUGGCAUUCCUCAGGGCAGAGAUAUCUCUCAGACCCAAUGGAGAAGCACUCAAGCAGCUACACCCAAGGCGGUUACAACCAAGAUGGCUAUGGGUCCAGCGGAGGGCGCAGCCAGCAGGCGAGUUUGGGGCCACCCUCUGAGGAGUUUGGCCAACAGCCCAGUGGCCCCACUUCCUUUACCAAUCAGAUUUAACAGAGUAGCGUCUGCCCACCCCUUUCCAUUUCAGUGGCAGAAUUUUUUAAGAGUUUAAAUCAAUUAUUAGUGCAGAGAGUGUUGAAUGUAAAUUAGAGAUCUGUAGUCCUCGUUAAGGCAGAAGGCCUAGGUCAUGAUAAAUGGCAGUUACAGAUGGGUUGACAUGAGAAGGUAUAUUAUUCAUCAAAGAUGGCUAAUUGGAGAGUACCGUGUUAUAGACACAGAUACCUUUAUGGUCGUUUUGUAUGUGUGUUGAAAUAGUAGAAGCAUUUUGUAGCUUAAAGUCUCUAGUAUGUAAUAUGCAUAAAUAAAUUAAGUAGCAUUGAGUUUUCCUAUGUACUUUGAUGCGGAAGAAGUUUUAAUGGUUUCCCUAAGAUAAUCUGGUGUAUCGCAAUAUGCAUGCAUCAUUAUUUUUGAGUUUUAGGCCCUAUAGAACUGUGAGUCCCUAAGUAUUUGUUGCAGACAAUUACUUUGUUUUGUUUUUGUUUUUCUAACUUGAUGAAUCAGUGCCUGUAUGACUUAGUGCAUGAAUAAGCAUUUUCUCACAAAAUGAACAUUUGAACUGUACUUAAGUAAAUUUUCCAGUUUCCACCAAGACUGUGUUAAAUGGAUGUUAAAAGAAGUAUAUAAACACUUUGUAUACUUUGCACAUUUGUCUCUCUGGCUAUACCCAGUCUGAAUGCGUUGUAACAAGUGUUUUCCCUGUUUAUAGACAUCCAGUGUUAUAAUGGUAACUGCCCAGUAUUUAAUCUAUUGACUUAAUGAAAUAUUUACAUUCUUGUGACGUUCUAUGGUAUUUUGUGAUGCUUAUCCUGUGGGCCAUGAAUAAUAAGGCCCAAUAACUGUAUUGUGUUUAUGGAGUGUUGUUUUCUUAGAAUGGAGAUGCAGGUAUUAGACACCAUAUUCAAGAAGCUGUUCUACUAAAGUAUUAAUUUAUAAAGGAUUAUCUAUAAAUCCUUCACGACCGGCUGAACUUCUAAAUCCUAUUUAUUUAUAAUGAUAAUAUGCUCCUCUAUCCAAUUAUUAAAAAAUUCUCAAGUCACACCUCAAUGGACUAAUUAUUAAUUCUGAUUUGAGUAUUACCAAUAAAUUAAAAAUGACUUCCAUGUGCUACUCUGUAUCCAAAAGAGGUGUCUCAAGAAAUAUUCCCCCAGAAUGUAUUCAUUAUCAAGAAAAUGCCAAUCUUCGCUUCUUUGUUUUAACUCGAUGGAAACACCAGGGCCCAGCAGCGAGGGCAAGCUGAGCAUCUAUAUUUCUAGGUAAAAGUCAUUAUCAAUGCACAAACACAUCGUGUGAUCUGUGAUGUUGGAAGCAUUUUGGCAUAAAA